CGUCAGACUCACCGCUGUGUGUCUCUCUGUCAUCCUGGAGUUCAUGUGUUCAUCCUCAUCAUUCCUGAUGCUCCACUUAAUAAUGAAGACAGAGCAGAAAUAGAGGAGAUCCAGAAGAUGUUCAGCUCAAGAGUCAACAAACACAUCAUGAUCCUCAUAAAGCAGAAUUCAGAGCAUCAGACAGAAGAACUCAAUGAAGAAACACAGUCUGUCAUUGAGAGAUUUGGAGGACGACAUCAUUUCAUCAGCCUGAACACACAAGUGUCUGAGUUGAUGGAGAAACUGGAGCAGAUGAUUGAAGAAAACAGUGGUGUUUGUUUCUCCACAGAGACAUUGAUGGAGGCACAGAUGGAGAAACUGCAGAAAUUUGAGGAAAUUAAGAGGAAAGCCAAUUUAUUGCAGAUGCAAGAUUCAAGAGAAAGAGAAGUUGAACUGAGGAUUGUGCUGCUGGGAAAAACUGGAGUUGGAAAAAGUUCAACUGGAAACACCAUCUUAGGAAGAAAAGCAUUUAUUUCAGACAUUUCUCAAACAUCUGUUACUGAAGAGUGUCAGAAAGAAACAGUUGAAAUCAAGGGCAGACACAUUACUGUGAUCGACACUCCAGGACUGUUUGAUACUGAUCUCAGUAAUGAAGAAAUCCAGAGAGAAAUCAGCAACAGCAUCUCCAUGAUCCUGCCUGGACCACAUGUGUUUCUCUUACUGAUACCAUUGGGACGAUUCACUGAAGAAGAUGCAAAAUCAGUGAAAAUCAUCCAAGGGACAUUUGGUGAAAACUCUUUAAUGUUUACCAUAGUGCUCUUCACCAGAGGAGACUUUCUCCAGAACAAAACCAUUGAUCAGUUUCUGGGAGAACCUGAAUCUCCUUUGAAUCACCUGAUUGAAUCAUGUGGAAACAGAUUCCAUGUGUUCAAUAAUAAAGAGACUAGAGACCGAACACAGGUGACUGAACUACUGCAGAAGAUAGACAACAUGGUGAAAGAGAACGGAGGGAGUUACUACUCGUGUAAGAUGUUCAGAGAGAUGGAGAGAGAAAUACAAGAACAACAGAAGAAGAUACUGAUGGAGAGAAGAGAGAGAAUGGAAAGAGAGAAAGAAGAUCUUCAAUCCAAACAUGAAGAAGAGAAGGAGAGAAUGAAGAUGAUGAUGGAUGAGGAAAGACAGAAUAAUGAUAAAGAGAGAAAGAGAAGAGAAGAUGAAUUUAGAGAGCGAGAAGAACAAAAUAAAGCAGAGAUACAAAGAGAACGAGAAGAAUGUGAGAGACUGAAACAAGAAGCAAGACAAUUAAGAGAAGAAGAGGAUGAGAAAAGGAAAAAGAAAGAACAGGAAAUGUUGGAUAACUUUAAUCAGAGACUUAAACAACAGGAAGAGAGAAGACAGAGAGAGAAAGUAGAUCUUCAGGCCAAACACGAAGAAGAGAAAGAGAAAAUGGAAAAAGAGAAAGAAGUUAUUUGGUCUAAACAUGAAGAAGAGAAAGAGAGAAUGGAAAGAGAGAAAGAAGAUCUUCAGCUCAAAUAUGGAGAGGAGAUGAAGAGAAUGAAGAUGAUGAUGGAAGAAGAAAGACAGAAUCAUGAUCAAGAGAGAAAGAGAAGAGAAGAUGAACUUAGGGAGAGAGAUGAACAGAAUAAAGCAGAGAUGAAGAGAGUUCAAGAGGAAUGGGAGAAACAGAAACAAGACGCAAGACAAAGAGAAGAAGAAGAGGAGAAAUGGAGAAAGAGAGAACAGGAAAUGUGGGAGGAAUAUAAUCAGAGACUUAAACAAGAGAUAGAGAGAAUGAACAUGAAGAUGCAGGAAGAAAGACAGAAUCAUAAUAAAGAGAGAAAGAGAAGAGAAGAAGUGAAUGAGAGGAGGAAGAAAGAACAGGAAACAUGGGAUGAAUGUUAUGAGCAACUAAAACAAGAGAUAGAGAGAAUGAAGAUAAUGAUGGAGGAAGAAAGACAGAAUCAUGAUGAAGAGAGAAAGAGAGGAGAAGAGGAGGAUGAGAGGAAGAAGAAAGAACAUGAUACAUGGGAUGAAUAUUAUGAGAAACUAAAACAUGAUCUAGAGAUAAUGAACAUGAAGAUGGAGAAAGAAAGAGAGAAUCAUGAUAAAGAGAGAAAGAGAAGAGGAAUUUAAGAGAAGUGUUAAUUAAACUGAUAUGUUUAAUAUCAAUUUUAAGCUAAUUGUCGUUUAUUUUAAUAUACUGGGUUACAGGUUCACUAUGUAAUAGGAGUUGCACAAAUUAGUCAAUUAGUCGACUUCAGUGCUCUGCCAUGAUGCUUUAAGCUUGAUGUUCACUAGUCACCGGUCCUGUAGAGGGUGCAACAGGAUAAGAAAUCUCUGAAGGCCAUUUAUAUGCUACGUUUCCAAACAGUUAAAAUGACAAAAUAAUACAUGCUGUGAUUAUAUCAUCUGGAUGCUCUAAAUUGUACGGAAGAAUGCAUUAUUUAAACAGCUUAUUGUAGAGGCUGUUCUAAUCUAAUGCGCUGCAACCGUAACAUGCACACAUUCAGACAGUAGCUCAAACAUCACUUUAAUUCAAGUUCAAUUCAAGUUUAUUUGCACUUUUCACUACAUCAAUCGAUGCAUGGCAGCUUUAUUGAAGAUUUUAUGUUUCUACAUUAUACGUAUAUACUGUAGGACUGUUCAUACCGUAUGAGUCACCAGCCGUAUCGGCCCUAUUUUUGCUCCAACAGCAUAGUUUCUUUGUCUUCAAUCAUAACCACUGAACAAGACUUUCAAUAUACUCAAAAUAAGUUAAACUAUUCAAGUCCAGUUGGCAAGAAAAAAGCAGAGUUGAUAACACACAUCCCUGUGGUAACCCUGAAUUCAGGACUGUACAAUCUGAUGAGAUUCCAUUGACACGGACUCGUUGGGAUAUAUUACUUAAAAAAAUUUAAAUCCAUAAAAUCAACCAAUUGCUUACA